UUGUCUGCUUCCAGCCCCGCUCCCAUUUCACACCGCCUCUCCUCGCUAGAUGGUGUGCGAGCCACUGGAGAGAAACACUCAGCGCUCGGCUGCGUGGACGGCGGACAUCAACUCGCUUUUUUCCCCGCCAGAGUAUUUUUGUUGCCAGACUCGGGAUAUAAAAGCACGCGUGUGACGGACUUAAUAAUGGACGCGUGUGUGUGUGCUCUGCGGCUAACUGCGACCCUGCUCAGCCUGUGCUGCCUCCUGCCAGCCGGACAAGUUGUGGACUAUUCCUCGGUGGAAAGUGUGGUCAGCAGGCAAGGCGACACGGCGCUACUCAGGUGCUACCUGCUGGAUGGCAUCUCCAAAGGGGCGUGGCUCAACCGCUCCAGCAUCAUCUUCGCAGGUAAUGACAAGUGGUCUGUGGACCCCCGGGUCUCCAUCGUGUCCAGCGUGGGAGACCAGCACGAGUACAGCCUGCAGAUCCAGAAGGUCCACGUCACCGACGACGGCCAGUACACCUGCUCCAUCCAGAGCGAGCGCAACCCUCGGCCCAAGCUGCUCAACCUCAUCGUCAAAGUUCCUCCCAAGAUCUACGACAUCUCCUCCGACAUCACCGUCAACGAGGGCAGCAACGUGUCGCUCAUCUGCACCGCCAGCGGGAAACCUGAGCCCGCCAUUUCCUGGCGACACAUCACCCCGUCAGCCAGGAAGUACGACAGCGGUGAAUAUCUGAAUAUCAGCAGCAUCAGCCGGGACCAGGCCGGAGACUACGAGUGCAGCGCCUUAAAUGACAUCGCCUCUCCUGACACCAAGACAGUCAAAGUCACCGUCAGCUUCGCUCCCUCCAUCCACGAGAUGAAAAGUAACGGAGUAGUUCUCGGACGCACGGCUCUCCUCAGGUGUGAAGCGGCGGCUGUUCCUUCGCCGACCUUUGAUUGGUUCAAGGGUGAGAAAAGGAUUCUGAAGGGUCAGGGCAUCGACAUCAAAAGCCUGAGUUCCAGAUCCGUCCUGACGGUGAGCAACAUGACGGAGGAUCGUUACGGGAACUACACCUGUAUCGCCACCAACAAACUGGGCACCGCCAACGCCAGUGUGCCUCUCACCCCGCCCAACACCGCCCCCUACGGGAGCACAGGAAGUGCGCACGCCCCGCUGGCCUGUCGAUACCUGGUCCUGGCUCUCACCUUGAUGGGCGUGUACUAGCGGGGCUCACCAGGGCAAAGAGACUGUCCACGGUUUUUGGCCCCGAGACCGGAAUCCAAUCGGGCGCAGUUUGGCGAAACGCAAAGAGGAAGAAAAUAAUCAGUACUUUUUUUUUUUCUCUCUCUCUUUUUGUCAUGGUGAACUUCAUGUAAAUAAUCAUUUUUUUUAUUUUCUGAUUGAUGGAUGAAUCGGCCCCGCCCCCCCCUCCCUCACGUCCAAUCGUAUCGCACGCUCAGCUUCUCUCGCGUGACAUUCACAUCCGUUUAUCUCUGCGACGAGAAGGAAGGGAGUGUGCCCUCCGUUAUUAGCGAUUAGCAUAAUAAUCUUUUUUUCAAGUGGGAGGAAGAAGGAGGAAAACACUUUCAGUAAAGUCACUUCUUUGGUUCCUUAUCAACUCCUCUCUUUUACAAAAGGGAGUCAAAAGACGUUAGACAUGAUUUGUUGUCUUCAAAAUAUUCACUCAAGCUUUUUGUUUCGGUUUGUGUCUUCGUCAUUUAGCGCAGGGGUGUCCAAGCUGCUGCCAUAUUAGCAUGAACUUAUAUGACCCGAUCCAAACAACCUUACCUAGUCAUGGCUUUAAAAAAAAAAAAAAAACAUGGUCACAACCUGCUCACUUAACUUUGUGGAUGUAACAAGAAAUGUCCAAGCACAGCACAUAAUUCAACAUUGCACUCAUUUAAAUCCACUUAUAUGACCCGAUCCAAACAACCUCCCCUAGUCAUGGCGUAAAAAAUUAAUACAAAAGUGCAAAAAACACAAAAAGUCAACACCUAUGGUCACACAUGACACAACCUGCUCAUGUAACUUUGUGGCUGUACCAAGAAAUGUCCAAUCACAGCACAUAAUUCAACAUUGCACUCAUUUAAAUCCACUUAUAUGACCCGAUCCAAACAACCUUCCCUAGUCAUGGCGUAAAAAAUUAAUACAAAAGUGCAAAAAACACAAAAAGUCAACACCUAUGGUCACACAUGACACAACCUGCUCAUGUAACUUUGUGGCUGUACCAAGAAAUGUCCAAUCACAGCACAUAAUUCAACAUUGCACUCAUUUAAAUCCACUUAUAUGACCCGAUCCAAACAACCUUCCCUAGUCAUGGCGUAAAAAAUUAAUACAAAAGUGCAAAAAACACAAAAAAGUCAACACACAUGGUCACACAUAACACAUCCUGCUCACUAAACAUUGUGGAUAUUAUAAAAAAAAACAUGUCCAAGCACAGCACAUAAUUCCACAUAAAACUCAAUUGAAUCCUCUUAUAUGACCCGAUCCAAACAACCUUCCCUAGUCAUGGCGUUAAAAAAAAUGCAAACAAUACAACAAGUCAACACAAACGGUCACACAUAACUGAACUUUGUGGAUAUUAUAAAACAAUGUCAAACACACCACAUAAUUCAACAUCACACUCAUUUAAAUCCAAUUAUAUGACCAGAUCCAAACAACCUUCCCUAGUCAUGGCGUAAAAAAUAAA